GUUUCGAUUCUGCGAACAAGUCGUAACCGUGGCGUAGCCUAUCAACCUCGUUACUUCCAAAAUGCGGAUGAAGACCACAAGGCCUCUCCUGAACAGCUUGAAGUAGACAAUAAGAUACUAUUCUCGAGUUGUGCAUCACUUGGCCUCGUUGAGGUCAACGAGGACAGCAAGAAAAAUCAACCACCUGCUCCACUUAAUGAAGAGCCUGCGCCAUUUUUUAGUGCUGAACACCUGCAAACUAUAAAUGGUGAAGAUGAAGACUCCAAGAAAUCUAGCAACAAUAUUAACGUGGACAAAGACUACGACCACAGCAACAAGAUGAAAAUAAACACAGAAGGUCCAGUCGAAGACUGCGGGGUGGAAGAACGUUCUGAUGCUUCAUCUAAAGAAAUGCAGCAGGUAGAUACUGUGACUGAAGUACACGAAGAAGAAGAAGACGAUUGCUCCUCUACUGCAUCAGGUGCUUUGGAACCAUUAGAUUUGCAUGCAAGCUACUACGAUGACCACUGCUCGUCUCGCGGAGAAGAUUACCAAGGAGCGGCAGGAGAAGGAAACAUGAUCAUUAACACGAAUAUUGGUAUUGGAGGAGUUCCUCGCUUCAUUCAGUGCGAGUCAGAGACACAGACAGAGAUCUCC